GAAGUAGUAGUACUACUGCAGGACGAGCUCCGUCCGCUCAGCGUCGUCACAUACUAGUACUACUCCACCCAGCAGAGUAGCGGAGGCCAGCAGAAGGCAGCGAGAAGUAGAACAAAGGCGGCAGGAUAAGCAAGGGGGGCUGGUAAAAAGAUGUGCACGUCUUGUGAAAGAUGCAAGGUGCGGGAUGAGUAUUCCUACAAACAUUUGGAUGAUGCGAAGAAACAUUUCUUGGUGCUUAUGUUGGGUGAUUUCCGAGAUGACAUGAUAUUCCCAGAAGAACUUGUGCUGCGCUUCAAAUGCGAGAUUCCUGGAGAGAUCAAGCUAGUAACCCGAAAGGGUUACAGUCACACUAUUGUGGUUGCCAAAAACCAAGAAAAGCUUGUCUUUACAGUGGGUUGGAGGCAGUUCGUUGGAAACUAUGAUCUACAGAUGGGGGAUUCCUUAAUAUUCAAAUACAACGGGAACUCUCAGUUUGAAGUCAUAAUCUUUGAUAAGCUUGGUCGUGAAAAAGCAUUAUCAGUUGUUGAGGAUCCUUUUAUGCCUCAGGUUCAAGAAAGGCGCAACGAGGCACAUGAAAUCGGAUCUUCUAAAAAGAUGGAUGUGCCUUGUGAAAGAUGUAAUAGCUGGGAUGAAUAUCACUAUACUAACCUGGAUGAUAAGAAGAAAUAUUUCAUGAUGCUUAUGAUGGGUGAUUUUCAACAUGAGAUGAUCAUCGCAGAAGAAUUUGUUCGGCGUUUCAAGGGUGAGUUCCCAAGAGAGAUGAUGCUUGAAACAAAAAAUCGUUGCAAUUACAUAAUUGAAGUUGCCAAGAACAAGGAAAAGCUUGUCCUCACAGUGGGGUGGGGGAAAUUCGUCGAAACCUUUGGCCUAGAGAUGGGUGACACCAUAGUAUUCAGAUACAAUGGAAACUCGCAGUUUAGUGUCAUAAUCUUUGAUAAACUUGGCUGUGAGAAGGCAUUAUCAGUUGUUCCGGAUUUUUUUCCGCCUCCUGUGAAAGAGAGGUGCACAAAUGCUACUGACACUGUGAAAAGUUCACAGCCCAUACAAAUGCAGCCUUUCGGCACAGUGAAUGGGCUGCCAGUGGAGUCACCACCAACGAAAAGGCAGCGGCACUUCCAAAUGGAAGUGGACGAAUCAUGUCAAGGCAAAAUCACUGCAAUAAAUAUUUCCUCCGCCGAGCCAUCUGGAGAGUCUUUCUUGUCUGAAGAUAGCCAUGGAGCAUGUGAUGUGCCUGAUUCCAAUUACUUUCUCAGAAAGAAGAAGGCCAGUCUAUCUUCAUUUCUUUGCGAAGAAGAAUCUUUCUCCUCUGAAGAUGGCUAUGCAGUACGUGAUGCCAGUGUCAAGAAGAAGAAGGCCACACUAUCUUCUUCUCAGAAAGAGCAGUUGAAGGACGGUUACAUUACCGUGCACAAGGCCAAACUGACUCCAGCUCAGAAGGAAGUGGUAAUGCAGAAGGUCCAAUCUAUACACUCAGAGAUCCCCAUCUUUGUUGCUGUGAUGGGCAAGAUGAACCUUGAUUCAAGAUUCGUUCUGACUUUACCCAGCCAGUAUGCUAAGAAAUAUCUUGGUGAGGAGCCACGCCUGUAUCUUCAGUUGCUUGGAGAGAAGUGGGAGGUGGGGUUUCCUGACAACACCGGCGAUAGAAGGAUCGUAAGUGGAUGGAAACAGUUUGUACAAGAUAACAAUCUGAAGAUGGGUGAUAUCUGCCUCUUCGAGCUGCUGAGCAAUCAGAAGAGAACUAUGGAGGUCUAUAUCAUCCCUGCAAAUGAAUACAAUUACUCGGCAGGUGUCCAGAAUAAUGUGGACCAGGAAACGCUCGAAGGUGGUUCAGCGGCGCUGCAGAGAGAGGCCCUUGCUCAUCAUGCGGAUGGAGCGCGUGAUCCUGACUCAAGGUUGCUUCGCAUCACCAACACUGAUGCUAUGGAAGAUGAUGUUACCUCUGUUGGUGCCUGAUCGCCGAAGGAAAAGCCUGUGGUUUCUGAACCAAGCAUACCUGCUGUUCUUGCGCUCUGGGGAAAACAAGCGUUCACAUCGAUCAUAAGGGCUCGGUUACAUUGUCGAAAGUUGAAACUGUUCUGCUACCUGCGUAUUUUCUUCGUUCUGGUAGCAGGCCAGUCAUGCACGCGGACUGGAACUCCCCUAGCUGUAGUUUUAGCUGCUUUUUAGUUUCCUUUUUGCACCUCUGGAUGCUGCUUUUGUG